AUGAACAUGUACAAACAGGGAUUUAAGGUUUUCUUCACGUUCUAUUUGUUUGAAGUACUUGUGUGUCAACUAGAACGAAAUGGGGGAUGUCCUCUUCCCGGAAUGCUGACGUGUGCCGACGGCACGUGCAUCAUGCCCGAGUGGGUGUGCGACGGCGAACCGGACUGUGACACUGACGAGACGGGCUGCACCUCCGGAACCUGCGCGCCGGGAUUCUUCGACUGCGACACAAGCGACAACAACACUGACUGCAUCCCAGAACGCUGGCUCUGCGACGGCAUCAGAGACUGCUUGCACGGCAAUGCCGACGAGGAUGUGGAAUUCUGUAAAGGCAGGACGAGCGAACCCGAUCUAGAUUUGUGUGGUCCGUCUAUGUUUUCGUGUGGAGACGGCAAGUGUAUUCUCUUCAAUUGGGUGUGUGACAGUAUGGACGACUGUGACUCGGGUUACGACGAGAGUGACUGCUGA